GGGCAGAGGACUCGGCCUUAUCUUCGUCUCCGUUUUGUUUUCCUCCAUAGAUUGUACAAGUAGCAGAUCAGUGUCCAUCAUGGCUGAUGGAAUGCCACCACUGGUUUUGUACGUUCCUAGGCGUUUUACCUUGGGAGAAGUCAGUGCGCAUACCGGCCUCGCUAUCCACAAGUACGGCGCCACCACCAGCGAGGACGGUCUCGUGAAGGGCUGCGUCGUGAUGGACGUUCCCCCGACACCAGGAAGGCCGCCGGAGACACGCCGCGUCUUCUACGGCCAGCCCAGGGGUGACCUCGACAGCGCCUUAGAAAGCGCCGCCGAGGUCGCUCUCCACCAUCUGUGGGACGAGUACGGCAUCGUCGUCGAAAGCUGGAACCACCCAGCUCUCGCCGAAUACAGGCAGAGCCUGCUCGUCGCGCUGGAGGCCAGCCGCGAGAGGACCGCAGAGAUCAAAGCGCAGGAGGAGGUGAUCCGCCGUGCUCACGAUCGGCUCAUCCAGCGAUCGAGAGAUAUCUGCCUCCAGUUUGCUGACGUGCUGCCUGUGCGUGCCGGUGGCCCCAGCGGCAUCGAGUAUGUCGGUCCGCCUUCGCCGCCGAUAGGCGGAAUUGAUAUGCUGGCCCUCGAUCUGGUUCAGACUAUUCAGUCAGGAUAUGAUGCAUUGCAACUUUCGGCAUCGUCCCCAGUUUAGUUAGUCUACUAUCCGGGGAACUCGUAUCAUCGAUCGCACGAUAUGUGUCCUCUGCCUGCCUAGCUUAGCUUAUAUCACGUAGUAGUACUG